AAACAAAAACUCAAGAUUUUUUAAAAAAAUAUUUUAAAUAAAUCCUUAUAAAAAAUUUUACAAAAUGUUGAUUUUUAAAAAUUUAUUAAAAUUUUGCUAAAAGCAAUCUCAUACACAAACACUGACAGCUUGCAUAGACUGAUCGAUCAGUCUGUCUAAUAUUGACAAAACUAAAUACUAAAAAUUAACAGCAAAAUAUUAAAAAAAUAUAGAAAAAAUAUUUUCAUAUAGAAAACCAACAAAAAAUAAACAAAUACAAACUUGAGAAAAAAAACAAAUAUUUAUUUAAGAUUUCUUAUUAAGUGCGCGCUUUAAGUUAAUUUUCUUAAAAAAAUAAUAAGAAAAAAAUUCAAAUUCUCCUUAUAACCUUUAUUUUUUAACAAGUGACAGUCUAGUCAAUUCACAACUUAACUAAAUGAAUAUAAUAAAGUGUUUUUUAAAAUAAAAAAAAUAAAUUCUAAUGCCUGCCUUUAUUACCUGAAAAUAAAUUCAUCUCUAAACACACACACCAAACAAAAUUCAUUUAAACCCUUAAAAACAAAUAUAAAUAAUAAAAAAUAAAUUUCUGUUAAAUACUUAACAAAUAUCCUCAUAACGUCCACCAUCAUCAUCUGGUAGCCAAUGUUGCCAAAUAUGCUCAAAAUGAAAACGGAAAUAAUCACUGGCAAUGGCUUCGAUGAUUCAUAUAUGUUUGAGGAUCAUUUAUUACACAUGAUAGAAGCUGAGAAUCACAUGAUACACUCAGAUGCUUUAUCAUCAGCCACCAAUACCACGGUACACAGUCCAGUGGCUCAGGCCUUGAGUCCUUUAGCAGCCUUGGGUCACAAUAGCAAUAGUAAUCAAAGUAAUGCCAAUUCACCCUUAAGUACGGGUAGUAUUGGUAAUAACAAUAAUACAACCUUUGCAAAUAUCGGUAACAACAACAAUAAUAAUAAUAAUAACAACAACAAUAGCAGUAGUAAUGCUAACUCACAGCAAUCGUCAACAGUGUGUGCAAUAUGUGGUGAUAGAGCCACAGGGAAACAUUAUGGUGCUUCUAGCUGUGAUGGCUGUAAGGGUUUUUUCAGGCGCAGUGUGCGCAAAAAUCAUCAAUAUACCUGCAGAUUUGCCCGCAACUGUGUGGUGGACAAGGAUAAACGUAAUCAGUGUCGUUAUUGUCGUUUGCGCAAAUGUUUCAAAGCGGGCAUGAAAAAGGAGGCGGUACAGAACGAAAGAGAUCGCAUUAGCUGUAGACGCACCUCCAAUGAUGACCCCGAUCCCGGUAAUGGCCUAUCAGUGAUUUCUUUAGUUAAGGCUGAACUUGAAAGUCGUCAAUCUAAAGCGGGAGCUGCUAUGGAAACCAAUGCCAAUGAAGAUCUCUCUACGAAACAAUUUGCCAGCAUUAACGAUGUAUGUGAAUCAAUGAAACAACAACUGUUGACAUUGGUCGAAUGGGCAAAACAUAUACCAGCCUUUAAUGAGCUACAACUAGAUGAUCAGGUUGCCUUGCUACGCGCUCAUGCGGGAGAACAUUUGCUAUUGGGUUUAUCACGAAGAUCAAUGCAUUUAAAAGAUGUUUUGUUGCUGAGCAACAAUUGUGUUAUAACUAAACAUUGUCCGGUAGAUCCGAGGGUCUCGCCAAAUCUGGACAUAUCACGCAUAGGAGCGCGUAUCAUCGAUGAACUGGUAAUGGGUCUGAAAGAUGUUAAUAUAGAUGAUACCGAAUUGGCCUGUAUUAAGGCUUUGGUGUUUUUCGAUCCUAAUGCUCGUGGCUUAAAUGAACCCCAACGCAUUAAAACUUUGCGUCAUCAAAUUCUUAACAAUUUGGAGGACUAUGUUUCUGAUCGCCAAUACGAGUCGAGAGGACGUUUUGGCGAAAUAUUACUUAUAUUACCGGUACUACAGUCAAUAACCAUGCAAAUGAUCGAACAAAUACAAUUUGCCAAAAUUUUCGGAGUGGCUCACAUAGAUUCAUUGCUGCAGGAAAUGUUGCUAGGAGGUGAACUUGCCGAUAAUAAUGCUCCCUUAACACCACCCAAUCUUAACAAUUAUGGUGGCACCCAUGGCCUAGAUGUUAGUCAAGUAACUUCCACUUUAGAUGUGCUGUCAUCACCCAAUAGUACACAUCAUUUAACACACGACACCAUGUCCAGUUGUAUGGAUAGUAGUUUAGAUGCUCAAUUAAUUCCCCCUUUAAUGGAUGGCUCUUCGGUUAAUGGUCAUUUUAGCUUGUGUGGUCCACCCCUUUCCAAUCGUUCACACAAUGUUUCCACAGCUGCUGGUCAGCACAAUCAACAAAUGCGUAGAGAGAAUAACUCACCUUUACUCAAUGACAACGAACGUUUGGAGGUGGAUGAACAGAGUAGACAAAGCAAUUAUAUGGACUCGUACAGUAAUGGUCGUUCCAGUGUUAAUUCUUUAAAUAACUCUUCAUUAUUGGGUCAUUUGCAACAGUCCAAUAUGACGCCUCAUCAAUCGCCUCACUCGCCGCACAAUCAAACUUCUAAUUUAGCUCAGGGUUCUCUAACACAUCAACACAAUUCUAAUCGUAAUCAUCCCUACCAAAGAAACGAUAAUAAUUCGGAUAAUAACAAUGGUGGCAAUUCGUCUGUAUUACGCAAUCCCGUGGAAAUGACCUUAAAUGAAUAUAACCGCAGUGCAGAGGCUUCUUCAGAUGAUAUGCUAAGAAGAGCUGCCUUAAAGAUAAGACCUUCUGAGGCCUUAACUGCUAUACCGCCAAAUUUGCCUCCCACUACCGCCACUCCCACCUCCUCUAGUUAUAUGCUAAAUACCAUGCAUGAUGGUGACACCUAUCGCAUGGCUCUUAAACAAGAACCCGAAACCGGUUACUAAUUUCAAAUUGAAAACAAAAAAACAAAA